CCCACAAAAUCAAGUCGGUCAAACUUUCUUCCACUUAUAAAAACACUUAUUUUAAAUGCUCUUCUUGUUAAUUGACGCAGCGUGUUAGAGACUUAGAGCCCUUCUUCUUCAACACGACCUAUUUUCUUCCGCUCUCCAUUUCUCAUUUCUCUGAUCUUCUCCAGUCCUGUUGACCCUUUAGACUCUCAUUUCCAUGACGAUCUCGGCGGUACCGACCGUCAAGGACCGAUGCCUCAUGGUGAGAGGAAAGGUGGUUUUGACCCGAGUCCCUGAAAACGUCGUCGUUUCUCCGGUUGGUGGCACUGGGUCAGCUUUCCUUGGCGCAACUUCUAAGAUUUCGAGUUGUCGUCAUGUCUUCACUCUCGGAAUCCUCGAGGAAUAUAAGUUUUUAUCUCUGUUCAGAGUGAAAAUAUGGUGGAUGAUACCGCGAGUAGGGAAGUGUGGCAGUGAAAUUCCCAUGGAAACUCAAUUCCUGCUUCUAGAAGCCACCCAGGAUUCUGCCUUGCAUGAUGAGUUUUCCUCUGAUUCAGAGGAUUCAACACCAGAUAACACCUUCUACAUUCUCUUCUUGCCUUUUUUGGACGGACAAUUUCGUGCAACUCUGCAAGGAACUCCAGCAAAUGAGCUCCAGUUCUGCAUUGAAAGUGGAGAUGCUCAUGUCCAAACUUCACAAUCACUAGGAGCAGUAUUUGUGAAUUCAGGGGACAACCCAUAUGAGCUAAUAAGGGAUUCAGUCAAGGUAUUGGAGAAAUGCAAAGGAACCUUUAGUCAUCUUGAUAAUAAAAAGACCCCUGCACAUCUUGACUGGUUUGGGUGGUGCACUUGGGAUGCUUUUUACACUGAAGUAAGUCCACAAGGAAUUAAAGAGGGUCUUCAAAGUUUCUCUCAAGGAGGCUGUUCACCAAAGUUUCUGAUCAUUGAUGAUGGAUGGCAAGAUAUAGCCAACGAGUUCAACAAAGAAGGUCAACCAUUUAUUGAAGGAACCCAGUUUGCAGCCAGACUGACAGACAUAAAAGAAAAUAGCAAGUUCAGGAGUACAACCUCGGACAGUUCAUACACCAAUCUCCAUGAUUUUGUUGGUUCCAUCAAAGACAACUUCGGACUAAAGUACGUAUACGUGUGGCAUGCUUUAGCUGGUUAUUGGGGAGGAGUGAUGCCAUCAUCAAACGCAAUGAAGAAGUAUAACCCAAAGCUUGCAUAUCCAAUUCAGUCACCUGGUAACACAGGGAAUCUUAGAGAUAUAGCCAUGGAUAGCUUAGAAAAGUAUGGAGUGGGAAUUACUGACCCAGACAAGAUCUACAACUUCUACAACGACUAUCAUAGUUAUCUUGCAAGUUGUGGUGUGGAUGGAGUCAAAGUUGAUGUCCAGAAUCUGAUAGAGACUUUGGGCUCUGGAUAUGGAGGACGUGUUUCAUUGACCAGGAGGUAUCAAGAAGCACUAGAGGAAUCCGUUGCAAAGAAUUUCAAGGAUAAUAACCUCAUUUGCUGCAUGUCACACAAUUCAGACUCUAUUUACAGUGCAAGGAAGAGUGCAUCGGCAAGAGCAUCAGAGGAUUUCAUGCCGAGAGAACCUACACUCCAAACCUUACACAUUGCCUCUGUAGCUUUUAACAGUCUUCUUCUUGGGGAGAUUGUGGUGCCAGAUUGGGACAUGUUCCAUAGCAAGCAUGAGACUGCUGAAUUCCACGGUGCGGCAAGAGCAAUAGGUGGUUGCUCAGUAUAUAUAAGUGAUAAGCCUGGAAAUCAUGAUUUUAAAAUCCUCAAGAAGCUGGCACUGCCUGAUGGAUCCAUCUUAAGAGCAAGAUAUGCAGGUCGACCUUCCCGAGAUUGCUUGUUUGAAGAUCCUGUCAGGGAUGGGGGAAGUUUGUUGAAGAUUUGGAAUCUGAAUAAGCUAACAGGAGUGAUAGGAGUGUUUAAUUGCCAGGGAUCGGGAAGUUGGCAAUUGAAACCAGUGAAAGCAACGCCUUCUCACAUAAACAUUGCAGGCAAAGUAAGGCCAUUGGAUGUUGAAUUUCUUGAGGGUGUUGCAGGUGAAAACUGGAAUGGAGAUUGUGCAGUAUAUGCCUUCAAUGCAGGCUUGCUCUCCAAAUUGCCAUUUAGAGGGAAAAUUGAAGUUUCUUUGGAGGCCCUCAAAUGUGAAAUAUAUACAGUAUCUCCGAUCAGGGUUUUUGGUAAUGAUGUCCAAUUUGCGCCAAUAGGAUUACUUGAUAUGUAUAACUCAGGAGGAGCAGUAGAAGCUUUGAACUCUGCCAUUGAUGUUUCAGAGCUUAUCAUCAAAAUCAAAGCAAGAGGGUCUGGUCGUUUUGGGGCAUACUCAAGCACGAGUCCCAAACGUUGUACGCUGGAUAUGAAGGAGAAGGAGUUCUCGUACAGUGCUGAGGAUAAGCUAGUGACAAUUGAACUUAAAGGCGCAGGGAAUUUGAGAGAUAUUGAGUUUAUAUAUUGAUAUCACUAUGUUUAAGUUAAACUUUCAAAGCUAGCUUGUUUGAUUAUUCAUCAUUUUAAAUUUGACAAUACGAUUUUUUUUUAUUGGUAGGGGUUAAGCUUCCCAAUUUCAGUUGAAGAUAAUUAUAAUUAACUGUUUUUGGAUGAUUAA